AUGUUCAGAAAACGUGCCCCGAGAGUGACAAAUGCCCUGGUGAGGGAGUGCAUGGCUGAGUUUCUGGGAACUUUCAUCUUACUGGUAAGUGACGUUACAUCUGAGAGAUGAAUUUUUGAUUAUUUAGAAAACAGACAUGACAAACUCUGCUGUCAAGGCAUUUUUGUUUUCUUAGAACUUUGUUAAAGAGUUGUUAAAAUAGAAAAAGGAAAAGAGAAGAAAAAGAGAGGCAAAAGUUCAUAAACCAUGAAUUCAUCAGUUUGAAUUUACAUCUUUGUCCUAAAAAGCAGUUUAGCAGUCUUUGAAUUUCCAUUGUGAGAGCUCAGAGACGGAUUGUAUUUACACCCGUGUUCAGCUUGUUUCUCUUACAUCAGAAUAAAAACAUCAUAAAAGGGAAUAUUAUGGUCAUAGUUUGGGAAUGUUGAAACUUAAAAAUUCCAGUAGUGGUGUGAUAUUUGUAAUCUUUAAGCAGGGACGUCUUAAGAUGGGGGGGUGCAUCUUGCUUCAAAAUCUGGUUAGCCAAAAAUCCUAACCCAUGACUGGCUGUUGUCCUUGUCAGAGGUGGGAUUUAUGUCACAAUCAAUUAUUUAGACUUUAUCUAAACUGACUGCAAGUAGCACCCCGUGACUUUAAGCACAGAUAGAGAUCCAAGCAGUGUGCAAUUUUUGGCAGGCUACUUCAAACUGUGGGUCUUGGCAAACAUCUUUCAGAGUCCUUCGAUAAUUGAAGUAAAGAUUUUCACAGGUGCCACUCUGUUCUGUUGCUUUUAAAUUCACAGGAUAUACUCAUACAGAAAUUUAACAUUUAUGCUACACUUAUAUGUAAGUGUUUGUAGUGUUAGUAAAUUUGAUUUGUAGAAACAGAAAGCUAAAUAAAUACCUUUAAUUUGUGUGUCUGUGUGUGCGCCCACAACUACUUUAUGGUACCCCUGCAUAAAUUGGUGCGAUUUUUUUUCUAUGAGAUUAAAUUUAGAGAGGUGAUAAGGUUGACACUUAUCAUCUUUGUAUAAAUAAACAACUGUUUUACUACCACAAAAAAAGAUUUACAUUUUGUUCAUUAUCAGUAACAAUUAUCACUUUUUUUUAAAAUCAUUUUUGUUUAUUUAUUGACCCCGAAAAUCAGUUUGGUGUUCACAUAAUGGUCUAUCAUCAUUCUUGAACUUUACACCGUUGUCCAAAAUCUUUGAUGGCUUUGCAUUUACAAUAGUUGCCACAGUUUAAGUUGCUUCAAAGUUAUCUAGAUCCAAAAUAAGAAAGCGGUGGCAAUUAAUAUCUUAAGUAAAGCUUCAUCAAAGAUAUAGGUUAUAAGAUAAUGUUAGUUCAUUUGUAAUCAUUUCCUAAGUAGAUUUCACAUUCAGAUUACUUAUAAUGUUGCUGCUUAUGUAAGAGAUAUGGGGGCUCAUUACAAAGGUAAGCUGAUCAGAUGGAUUAAAUUACAGUUUUACAACCUUAUAUUACCGGGUUUAGAGAUAAGUGUGUUUGACCUAUAAAUGAUUCACCCAUUAGGAGCAAAUGCAUGCAUGUCCAUUUUCCUCUCUAUCUUUGUUUUUUUUUUUAAUCUAUCUAUCUAUCUAUCUAUCUAUCUAUCUAUCUGUCUAUCUAUCUAUCUAUCUAUCUAUCUAUCUAUCUAUCUAUCUAUCUAUCUAUCUAUCUAUCUAUCUAUCUAUCUAUCUAUCUCAUUUUUCUAAUGUCUCGUGCCUUCCUUGGGUUUCUCCUCAUCCUCUCCAUGUGCUGUGAAGCUCUUUGGCUGCGCUGCGGCAGCUCAGGUGAAGACAAGCCGAGACACCAAAGGUCAGUUCCUGUCAGUCAACAUGGCCUUCUCCGUGGGUGUGAUGUCAGCUAUGUACCUCACCAAGGGUAUCUCUGGUAAGAGCUUUAAUCAAUAGAGCAUUACACCUUUAAGUGACAUCCUUAACGCUAGAAUACCACAGCUGUAUUCAGUUUGCUUCCUCACUCUGUGAUCUAUGACUCUUCCAUUACUGCAGUCAUCUCGCUGAUCUGUGCUCUCUAGAUUUAUGGCUCUAAUAUCUGCUGGAGUCUGCACAGACACCUUGUGCCGCUCUUCAAGGCCUUCACUUUGAUUGAUAUCAACCAGGGCACUGCAACUCUUAGAUGACACACUAUAUGGCUACAAAUAAUCUAAGAUUUCAUUACCAUCCAAUCUCUAGCUGUAAUUCACUUCUGCCCUCCUCCUUCCUGUUUGUCUCUCUCUCCAUCUCAUAUUUUAUCAUCAGGCGCGCAUCUGAAUCCAGCAGUGACUCUGAGUUUCUGUGUGCUGGGUCAGGUGCCCUGGAGUCGGCUGGUGCCAUACAGCCUCUCACAGCUUCUGGGGGCUUAUGUGGCAUCAGGGCUUGUCUACCUAGUGUAUUACGGUGAGUCUUUUUGCAACUUUAUCUAUGAAACACAUGCAAGUGUCUAACAUGGCUGUUGUGCUUAAUCGUUCUUGUAACUGUCUUAGAUGCUAUAAUGGCGUUCAGCGGAGGGAUAUUGACUGUUUAUGGCCAGAAUGAGACGGCAUCUAUAUUCGCCACUUUUCCCUCUGAGCACAUAACUUUGGGCAGAAGUUUUCUUGACCAGGUCAGUGUUAGGACCCCAUCUUUAUUUUCUCUUAUACAUUUCUUUCUUCAUUAAACUCAUUAUUUUUAUUCUUUCAACUUUCACUAGAUAGUGGGCACAGGUAUGCUCAUGUUGUGCAUCCUGUGUCUGGGUGAAAAGAGGAAUACUCCUGCUCCUUCAGGGCUGAUUCCUCCAAUAGUAGCUGUGAUCGUACUGGGCAUCUCCAUGUCAAUGUCUGCCAACUGUGGUGCAGCCAUAAACCCAGCUCGAGACCUGGGGCCACGCCUCUUUACUAUGACUGCAGGCUGGGGGACUGAGGUCUUCACGUAUGUAUCUUAUCUUACAUUAACAGUACAUAUCCACAGUUGUAAAAUCAUAAAAAUUCUCCACGCUGAUUUUAUGAAUGCAUUAACUACCUAUCAAAAAGACCUAAUUGAUAAGACAAAACAGUUAAUUGAGCCUGUUCAAUUAACAUUUGGCGACGGAAACCAUUUACUUCCUAUUUCUACUGCUCUUUGACCUCAUGUGUCCCUGAAUAAUCACAUGUUAGAGGUUAUCACGUCUCAAAGCUGUUUGCCUCUCAAAGGAACAUGAAGCGUCAGCUUGUUACAGAACAUCUGAUUAUGAUCUAGUGUUUGAUCCAUGAUGCAACCUGUUGCUCAAUGUGCUCUAGUUAUACUGGCUCUUCAUUAGUCCCACUGCUAUUAUCAUUAUUAUCCACUAGGGGGCAGAAUAACUCUUGGACAGACUGACAAACAUGUAGCACUGCCAGGACAACCGACAUAUUUACAUUACAGCAACUGUCUUGCUUAUGGUUGAAGCUUUAAAACUGCUAUUUUUGCUUGCAUGUCUGCAAAUCUCACUUGCAUAUGAAACUUGAAGCAUCAUUGUAAACUGAAUGCUUCUGGAAAAAGAGGGAGAUGUUGACCCUUCAUGCUCUGGCACAGAGGAGACUUAGUGGUCCAAUGCAUCAAAGUAAUCUCUAACUUUGGGGCUAACCCAAGUUCACUUAUACUCAUCAACAGCUAGCAGCAGCACAGGGAUCCAGCUUAAGUGUUUAGGGGUUGUAGGAUUUCUUUAUGAAAGUAUUUCAGUCAGAGAAUAUACAGUUGAAACCAGAAGUUUACAUACACUAUAUAAAAAGGCACAUAACCUUUUUUUCCUCACUGUCUAACAUUAAAUAUGAUUAAACUUUUCCUGUUUUUGGUCAAUUAGGAUUACCAAAAUUAUUUUUAUAUGAUAAAUGCCAAAAUAAUGAGAGACAGAAUUUUUUAGACAAUUUUUUAUUAUUUUCUUUUUAUUAUUUUAAGUCUUUUAACUGUAUAUAUAUCUUAAUAUCUUUGUGUCUGCUCUUUAGGUGUUACAACUACUGGUUCUGGGUUCCACUGGUUGCCCCACCUCUUGGAGGCGUAAUAGGAUCUUUAAUGUAUGUGGUCUUCAUUGAAUGGCAUCUGCCUGAUCCAGACGCUUCUGAGAGUCUCUCCACUCAUUCCACCAUGAGUGACAAAAUCAAACAACCCAGCGUCACAUGGGACGACGGACUAGAGUUAAAGGCAGCACAUCUAUGA